UGGGCAGGAGACAGGGAGUUGGAGACAGGCCGGUCUGGGGAUAGUUCUAGAAGAAUCCUUCUUCUUUAUUGUGCUUUCCAGGAUCUUCAGUCUUAGUUAUAAAAUAUUUAACGGCGAGAAAAGGAUCUGCGGGUUCCCGGGCCAGAGAUGAGCUUGGAGUCCCUGUUUCAGCACAUCAUCUUCACCGAGCACCAGGCCGAGGAGGGCCGCCGUUUGUUGCGAGAAGUAAGGUCGGAAAUUACCAGAUGUCGUGAAAAAAUUAAGAAAGCAACACAGGAGCUGAACGAAGAGAAAAACAAGUUGGAAUCGAAGGUUCAGCAAUUUUCUGAAAAAUCCUUCCUUUUACAGUUUUUGAAAACUCAUGAAAAUGCUUUGGAAAGACAGUGCAGUGAACUUACAAGCCAGAGGAAUAUACUUCUCCAAACCUUUGAGGCUAUAAAGAAAAAAAUGAUAAAGGAGGAGGAAAAAUUUAUUAAGGAAAUUACAGACUUCAAUAAUGAGUAUGAAAUAAUAAAAAAAAGAGAAUUUUUGAUGAAAGAAAAUGUAAAGAUUGAAAUAUCUGACUUAGAAAACCAGGCAAACAUUUUGAAAAGGGAAAUGAAGUCAAUGGAAUGUGUUAGUGGCCAGUUAAAUGAGCUUCAGAAACAAAAGAGUGAAUUGAUACAAGAAUUAUUUAGUCUCCAGAUAAAACUUAAAGUUUUUGAAGAUGAAGAGAAUGAAUCCAUUUGUACUACCAAAUACCUAGAGGCAGAAAAAAUAAAAAUUAGUGAAAAACCUCAAAAUGAUGCAGAAUGCCUAAGGCUUAAGAAAGAAUUGGAACUUUAUAAGGAAGAUGACAUGGAAAGUGUUUAUGAAACUCUCCAAACAGAAAUAGAAUUUUUGGAGUUGACAUUGGCACAGAAAGAUCUUCAGGAAAAUCAGUAACUUACAGAAAAUUGAUCAACCAUCUGAGCCUUGAUCAAAGCAUCUUAGAAUCAGAUCUUUGUGACAGAUACAUGUACCCAUUACAACAGAUUCUUAUGGAAAGCAUGAAGUUUAAAAUGGUCAAAGUUGUUGAUAUCUAGAAUUGGUUUAUUAGCACUUUAAAAUAAUGUUUUAUUUUAUUUACUAGAACUUUCCGGGUUAUUGUGUGGUUUGCUUUUGUUUCUAAAGAAAAAGCAUGGAAAAGAAGUAGGUAUCAUGUUGCCAGACUUCUUAUAUCUCCCUCCCUGACCCUUUAGCUGAUCUGUUCUUUCUAAUCUAUAU